AUGCCCUCUCAAAUCGCCAAUGAGCCCAAAGUCGCUCAGCCCGAGAGCAACAAAGUGUUCGUUCUCGAAGAGCAGGGCAGAUUCGUAUACAGCUCGCGACCAAAGCCAACAGUCGAUUCAAGAUAUGUCCUGGUUAAGGUCCUGGUGACUGGCCUCUGCGGAUCAGAUAUCCAUUAUUGGAAACACGGGCGCAUCGGCAACUACGUUGUGGAGAAACCCAUCGUGCUCGGUCACGAGUCUGCCGGUAUUGUCGUCGAAGUUGGCCCAGACGUCAAGGACCUGAGGGUCGGUGAUCGAGUAGCGCUGGAGCCUGGUGUUUCUUGCAACAACUGCCGCACCUGCAGAAGUGGUCGCUACAAUCUGUGCUCGGGCAUGCGCUUCGCCGCGACACCACCAUACGAUGGUACAUUGGCGACAUAUUACCCCCUGCCAGAAGAAUGCUGCGUCAAGCUCCCGGCACACGUUUCGCUGCGCGAGGGCGCUCUGGUCGAGCCCUUAAGUGUGGCGGUCCAUGUCAUGAGACUUGCCGGAGACGUUCAAGGCAAGGAAAUUGUCAUCUUUGGCGCUGGUCCCAUCGGUCUCCUCUGCAGCGCCGUCGCCAAAGCCUUUGGCGCAAAGAGUGUCGUCGUCGUUGACAUUGUCGAGAGCAGAUUGGAAUUCGCAAGAGAGUUCAGCGGCGCAAAGUCUUUCCAGAUGACCAGUCAAGCUCCAGAGGCGAACGCAGAGAGCUUGUGCAACACCUUUGGCUUCGCAGAAGGCGCAGAUGUUGUCGUUGAUGCGACAGGUGCGGAGCCGUGUAUCGAGACUGGUGUUCACACCCUGAAAAGAGGAGGCAUAUUUAUACAAGCUGGUCUGGGUUCACCGAGAGUGAACUUCCCAAUCGGUCAAAUUUGUGACAAGGAAGCAACUUUGAAGGGCUCCUUCCGUUAUGGACCAGGAGAUUACCAAUUGGCUGUCGGCCUCCUCGACUCAGGUCGUGUGAGCUUGAAGAGCUUGGUCACGCACGAGUUCAGCUUCGAAGAAGCGGAGAAGGCAUUCAUCAACGUUGCCGAACGAAAGGGUAUCAAGACCCUCAUCCUGGGACCAAACGUAGACGCUGGUUUUGAAGAUUAG